AUGGUGUUCAUAACCAGCGAGUUACAGGUGAUGCAGUCCUUCCUCCACGUCGCCAACAAGGAGCAUGCAGCGAAUGAUAAGGUGGCGCUAACCUUGGGGAGGCAGUUCCGCACCGUAGCCUUCGACGUCGAGGACUGCGUCGAGUACGUCAUCGAAUUUGGACAUAAGUAUAGCAAGAUGACCGGAAUCCUCACUUAUUCAACUUUCCUUUACCUCAGAUUUGGGUGUAUAUGCAACAAGACGUCAAGACCUCCCUAG